UGCCAGUAUUAUUGUAUCAACACAUUUUUUCGGUGCCUCCGCCUGGUCACUCUGGUCACCGAAUUUGUUUACGCCGUACACUCAGCACGGAUUUCGGUUGGGCCAACAACAACAGCACAGCGCGCCAGCAUAAACAACGAGAGUGAGAUGGCCGGCUUUGUGGCGGUGCACACAGGGGCUGGCAACUGCAUAGACGAGACCAAGUACCAGCGGGUGAUCAAGGAGGCGUGCCUGCGGGCGACGGAGAUACUGCGCAACGGCGGCUCCGCCGUGGAUGCCUGUGAGGCGGCCAUCGUCCGGCUGGAGAACUGCGGCUACACGAACGCCGGCUUCGGCUCCAAUCUCUGCCUGGACGGAUCCGUGCAGUGCGACGCGGCGAUUAUGGACGGAUCCACCCUAAACUUUGGUGCCUGCACGAACGUCAGCCGGGUAAAAAAUCCCAUCCAGCUGGCCCGACGUAUCUGCGACGCCCAGGCCAGUCCACAGCUACUGGAGCGCAUUCCACCGAUGAUUCUCGCCGGCACUGGAGCCGAACGGUAUGCCGAUGAGGUGGGCUGCUCCAUGGUCGAUCCCUCCGUUCUGAUUUCUUCGAAGGCCAAGUUCCAGUUCAAUCACUACAAGAGCAAAUACGAUAUGGUGAUGAACUGCAGGUCGGGCAAGGAGGCCUCCGAAGAGCCGGUGCCGGGGCCAGUGCCCGAGCCCGGCGCCGAGGUGGAGCUAGCCGCCGCCCUGGACACCGUGGGCGCUGUGUGCGUUGAUGGCGCUGGUAAUACUGCAGCGGGCUGCAGCUCUGGCGGCAUAUUGCUCAAGGUUCCCGGACGGGUGGGCCAGGCGGCCACGUACGGAGCCGGCUGCUGGGCCACCGAUACCGAUAAGCUGGCCGUGGCUACCUGCACCACCGGCAACGGUGAGUACCUGAUGAAAACGCUCCUGGCCCGAGAGAUCUGCAACGGGGCCUUCAGCAACGAUUGUGCGGUGACGAGUCUACACCGGACGUUCAAGCAAAAGUUCCUCGACUCCCCGCUGCUGCCUCGGCAGCAGGAUCUCUAUGCCGGGGCCCUGACCCUGCUCUAUUAUCCGGGCCAGAGCAGCGGCGAGGUGAUGUGGAGCCACACGACCCAGUCCUUCUGCGUCGGCUACAUGGGGACCUCGCAGCGGGCGCCAAAGUUUGUGCACUCGCCGCUGCCCACGUACAGCGUACCAGGCCGAUCGUGCGUCGUCAAUGGCCAGAAUUUCCAUUUGCGCAUUUAGAUGUGGGCCGGACUGGGCUGGCCAACUAACUAGCCGCAGUGUCUGGCUGCGGACCGCAUCUGCUUGCCCCCCUUAUCCGCGGCGCAUCUGCAAUUCAUUUGAUUUAAUGUUUAAUUGCCGCGACAAUCGCUGCCAAUGCUAUAUGGUGGCUAUAUGACAGCCGGCGCCGGCGGAGGCAGGGCUUUGUCUUUGCCGAAAUAUUAAGAUAAUUAAGCGAAAACUUUUAUUGUAAAUUCUCUCGUAGAACGUAAGCCAGAACUGUGUUUGUGUACGUAGUGUACUGCUAGCAAUGAAAUAGGAUUUCUCAAAUGUGUGCUGGCUAACCCCCUUGCUCCGUUGCUCCUGGGAACAGCCGUGUGCGCUAGAUAAAUCAGCCGGCGGCAUAUCAUAUUCGAGUGGGGGCAUAUGUUUGUAUCCGUAUGUAUAUUUAGACGCGCUGACGUGUGUGUGUGUGUGCAUCUGUGUGUCCAAGUGUUUACGGCCAUCAAUGUACAGAACAUAACCCAUUAAUUUCGACGACACAGCAGCAGCAGCAGAAGCCGCAGCAUGCACACACAAUAUCAAGGUCCCGAGAAUAUGAUUUGAUUAUUUCGAAAAUGCUUUUACUUUUAGCGUAAACCAAUGACUGUACAUACAAGCAUAUACUUAUGACGCGAGCUGUUCUAAACACAUUCGUUUUGUAAAAUCCAAUAUCCAAAUGGUAUUUCAUGGCACAUAUAUUUAUUGCUAAACAUCUCGAGGCUUUCCCAGAACCCCAUUUGUAAUCCCCGAAGAGCAAGAGCAAAUGUGAGCGAGCUCCAUUAGCUGAUGAUUUAUACUGCCUAAGAUCGUGUCCCUGACUGUAGUCAUAUGUAUUUAAGAGCUUAGGCUGGUAGCUAUAGCUAAUCAAACCAGUAACUUGAUAUUUUUUUUUUAGGAUUUAUGAUUUUACUAAAUGUUUAUUAAAGAUUGUUUACAUGUCGGUUAAA